AUGGUACAGAGGAACUUGAUCCAGAUACCAGACCAGUCACCUCACGCAAAUCUAGUGACAAGAACUCAUCAGCAUCAACCUGCAAUCAGCGCUGAUCCUACUGUUGAUGAAUACUACAUCAGCAUAGGCAGCCAAAAGGAGGGUCGAUGCUGUGAUAUUUUGCCACGCACACUAGUUGCCACCAAUAUGUCAGGUGUGGUCUCCAUUCGCAACGGCUGCCUUUACAUUAAUGACGAAAAACUAAUAGACUUGCGAAACAGCCACCCUGGUGCCAAUGGCAGUGACACAGCAGCAUCUCCUUCAGAUUUCCAGAUGGCUCCAGGCAGUGAGCUUUUCCUGUAUGUUGAUGCCUGCAAUGAGGCCCGGUGUACUGGACCAGAAAUGAAGGGUAGUGUUCUCAUUGUUGGUGACCACUCGGAGCAGGCAGUGUCUCGUAAUGGAAGCAGUGUUCAGCUGGCACUGUCGACAGCCAGACGUCAGAAACGAUCAACCUCAAACAUUGUUAUCAACACACCCAAUGGUAUGGCUGUUGGACAAACUGUGGUGCUUACACCACUGACACAUGCAGACCUUAAUGCUACAUAUGACUCUGUGGCCUCUACUGAUUUUGUGUCCUACCUGACUAACCCUGAAGAUACUGUUCAUUCAGUGGACACGGUUGAUCGCAUCUUGGCACACAGGGCUUCAUACUCACCCACAGAGAGCAUUUCUUUCUCCUUAGCAUCUGUGGGGCAAGUGGAAAUGCCAGACCUUUCACAGUGA